CCAAACAGGCCACAGUCACUGGGCAGCCGGCUAACCCUCGGCCUCCUCCUCCCACUCUUCCUGGAUUCUAGAUUCCCGUACCUUGACUCGUACUUCGAGGGCAGAUUUUGUGGAUUAUUCGGGAGGGCUUUUGAUUUUUAAAAAUUUUGCGGGAUUCGGGAGUGGAGCUCCGGUUUUGAUCGAGCUCCGAGCGGCGGCGGGAAGCAGCCGCAGCAGCAUCUGCGAGCGGCCGCGGCUGCUGUUGCUAGGUUCGGCUGGAGGCAGAGAAAGAGAGAGAGAAAGAGGGGGGCGGGGAGAAGGGGAGAGGAGGCCAGAGAAAGCAGGCGGCUGUGAACCUCUUUUCCCCUCCCUCCGCCUGCUCUCCCCCCCACCCCCGCGCCCGGGCUCUCCAGCCUCCAGCUCCCGGGCAGUGGCCCUUUAAACGCUCCGCCCUCCGGUCGGGAGGCCGCGUCCUCGGCUAGAGCCUUGAAAGGUGCCGCUCUUUUCCGCCGUCUCCUUUUCCCGCGAAGGGGUUCGGUUCUUGCCAACUCCGGACUGUUGUUGCUGGGUUAGCCGGUAGGCGAGCCGGCCGAGCGCCACUGAGGACCUGGCGGCGGCUGGGUCGGGGAAAGAACAAGCAAGGGCCCAGCCAGGACGCAGGGACCCUAUCGGCCACUUCUGUCCGCUUCGCUUCUCGCCUGGCUGGGCUACAUCCUGGGUCCGCCGAUGGAGCCGCAGCCCAGCGCCCGGAGCUGCCGGCGCGGAGCCGCCCCCGCUGCCCCUUGCGAGCUGUUGGCGGCCGAACCUCCAAUGAAUCUGUGCAUCAACACGACCACGGGCGCUCGCUAUGAGCUCUCGGUGCCCGGCGAGGAGACGGUGGAAGGGCUCCGGAGGCGCCUGUCUCAGCGCCUGAAGGUGCCCAAGGAGCGCCUGGCGCUGCUCUACAAGGAGACACGCCUCAGUUCUGGGAAGCUACAGGAUCUGGGUGUGGGCGAUGGCAGCAAGGUGACGCUCGUCCCCACUGUGGAAGCCGGCCUCAUGUCCCAGGCCUCUCGGCCCGAGCAGUCCGUAAUGCAGGCACUUGAGAGCUUAACCGAAACUCAGGUCAGCGACUUCCUCUCGGGCCGCUCCCCGCUCACCUUGGCCCUCCGAGUAGGUGACCACAUGAUGUUUGUGCAGCUACAACUGGCUGCCCAGCAGGCAGCUGCAGGUGCCCAGCUCCAGCAUCGCCAACACCUCGUGGCAGGGCGCGGGGACCCAGGGGCCACAACCAGCAACCCUUCUCCCUGCCGAUCAUCUAGCCUCGCUGCUGCUGCUGCCACCGCCCGCGUCCCCGUGCCUGCCUGCCCACCCAGCCCCUCCUCAACCUCCAGCACGCCCGCCUACUUCAGCCCUGCCCACUCCUCGCCCGUCACGUCCGGCGUGUUCCGGUCCCAUGGCGCCAGCACCCAAACGGUUAACAGUGGCACAGUUUCCUCCUGUUCUGAGGUGGAUUGUGCCUCUCAUAGCAGCAGCACCAGCCCCUCCUCCGCCACCACCACCCUGUCCUCCCCACCCAGCAGUAGCCCAGCCCCAAGCACGCGCUCCCGGAAACCUGGCGCCGUCAUUGAGAGCUUCGUGAACCAUGCUCCAGGAGUCUUCUCAGGGACCUUCUCUGGCACGUUGCAUCCAAACUGCCAGGACAGCAGCGGCCGCCCUCGGCGGGACAUCGGCACCAUCCUGCAGAUUCUCAAUGACCUCCUGAGUGCCACGAGGCACUACCAGGGCAUGCCCCAGUCCCUGGCCCAGCUUCGAUGCCAGACCCAGUGCUCGCCCUCCCCCGAGCUCACCACCAAAGCUACCUCUUGCGAGAAGCUGACGUCCCCGCUGCACUCCGUGGUCCAGAGCCAGAUCCGCAUGUGCAAGCCCAGUGGGGAUCGCCUGCGGCAGACGGAGAACCGGGCCACUCGGUGUAAGGUGGAACGUCUGCAGCUGCUCUUGCAGCAGAAGCGCCUUCGGCGGAAGGCCCGGCGGGAUGCCCGAGGCCCCUACCACUGGCUCUCGGGCCGCAAGGCAGGCCGGGCAACCAGCAGCAGCAGCAGCGGCAGCAGCAGUGGGGCCAGUGAUGCUGGUGGCUUAGACCUCGAUUUUGAGGACUCGCUCUGGAAGCCUGAGGUCAAGGCAGACCUCAAGUCAGAGUUCGUGGUGGCCUAGGGUCUGCCCCAGCGGCAUUCCCCUCCCGGCCCCAGAUCCAGACGGAGGGCUGGCUCUGUCUGCCUGUCCCCCCCCCAUCUUUGCCCCUGGCCCCCAGUAGUGUCCCCUUAAUUUCUCAGGGGCGGGGGGGUGGGGAUGGCAGGCCAGAGGGCCAAGGGUUGUCUCCCUCAGUCUGAGGCUCAGUCUCAGCAUCCCAGCCUCACCCCUGUAUCCCCAACAGACUGUGGCUGGUCCUCCUGGCUGGCCUCCUCCCUCUCUUCCCUCUUUUCCCCUUUUUCCCCUCUGCCAGAAUCCCACCAGGGGCCACCCCUGUACCCAGGGAAACCCAGCCCCCCUGCCCUGGGGCUGUCCCUUCCCCUCUCUUCCUCCCUCCACAUAUGUAGCAUUGUGCCAGAUGGUUUGAGUGAGCUAAACAGACUCCACCAGCAGCCCACCCCCACCCUUCACCCCUUCAGGUCUAAGUAGACAAUACCUAAUUGAACAGACUCAUAGUGCACUUUACAGAUUUGGGGAGGGGGUGGGAGGAUGCUUUCUCCCCAGAGCUCCAGCCUCCACUCCAGGCCAGUGCAGCAGCCAGGCCCCACACUGGCCAGAGCAGCUGGCAUCCCCCUAGUUUGGGUUAUUUCUGGCUCCCCAGGGGUCCUGUUGCCGUGUGGUUGGGAUUUUUGGUUGGUUUUGGUUUUUUAAGGCCUUUGCUGGAGAUUUUGGCCUUGGGACUGACUCCCUCCUGGGGGAGGUUUUUUUAGUUCUCUCUACCCCAUCCCCUUCAUACCUCCUCCUCCUCCAGGGUACUGCCCACUUGGAGUGGGCGGGGCAGAACAGGCCAGCCUGCCUGGGAGUUGGGUCUUCCUUCCCACUCCUCCCAGAGGGAGAGGACAAGAAUGAAGGCCAGAGGUGUCUCUUCUCCGCCCACCUCGGCCUUUCUCCCAUGCACCACCUGCCCUGAACCUUCAUCUCCCUGCCCUGCCUCCUCUUCCCCUCUCUGUUUUCUGACCCCCCUGCCUGGGCUGGGGUAUUUAUAGAGUAAAUUGACUGUCUGACUGAGCCAGUUUCAGAUCUGAGCCUCUCUCCUCAGGCCCUGGGAGAGAAGGGAGUGGGGAGGAAGGAGUGCUCUAUCCCCUUCUCUUGCUCGCCUGAUCUGUGUGUUGUGGGGAGCUUGCUAUUUGCCCCUCCCCCCGGGGGGGUAGGAGGACCAGCUGCCCACAGGAGGAGGUGGCCUGGGGAGACACCCCCCCCCAACCCAAGUGGGGGAGGGGCAUGGCCUUGUAGCAUUAACCCCAUUUGGGGGAGGGGACAGGCCCCUCCUGGCCUUGCCCCACCUUUGCCCCCCACCCUCUGUUUCUUCCCAGCCUGGCCAGCCCCUGAGGGCCCACUCAGAGCCCUCUCCCUCUUGAGCUCGCUGCUGCCGCCCUAGUGGCCACAUCCCCUGCUGGGGGAGAAAUAGAUGCCAGGGCUGGGGGCACGGGGGUGGGGUGGGAGACUUCUCUUCCCCCUAAUCUCCCUCCCCACGGGGCCAUUUCAAUGGAUUUUAUUUUAUUAAAUUACUUGUUUCUUUUUUACGGAGAUGGACUGAGCUGUCUGGGCCCUGCCCCCUUCUGUCCUUCCCUCCAUACCCUGCCUCCCCAUUCUACCAUCUGUGUCCCACCCCUCCCUCCAUCCUCCCAUCAGUAGGGAAAGCCAGGACCUCACUGAUCAUUCCCCGCCACCUUCCUCCCAGCCUAGAGACCCCUUCCCUUCCCUUGGUCUUGUGACGACACCUCGUGUCCAGAUGUGAGCAUCCGUGUGUCCCUCUGUAGCUUUGUAAUUAUUUUUUGGGGGUGGGGGUGGGGGGAGGCUCGAGGCUUAAGGCUUAACAUUUUUCCAAAGGGAGAAAAAAGUCAAAACUCGAGCUUUGUGGGGUGUUUUUUUUUCUUUUUUUAAGAUUUGGAUUUCUAUUUAAAUGUCCGUUUGUUUUAUUUUGUUUUUGUUUGAAUUCCUUUGAUGCCUGCUUCACAGACCUCCCCUGUCCUGGCAAGGCGUACCUGGAGGGGGGAAUGGGAGUGGGCACACACCAUGCCACCAGUCUCUUGCCCAUGAGGGCUAGGGACUCACGUGCAGAGCAUUAUUUCCCAGUGUUCCCUGGUGGGCUUGGGCACAGCCUUUGGCCCCCCACCAUCCUCCCCUCUCCCCUGCACUCCCUUUGUCCAUGUUACCUGUGUGAGAACCAGACAGUAAGAGGAGAAAACCGCCCACCAUGAUUUUAAAAUAAUAAACAGACCGUGAAACACAAA